CAACGUGCUGGUGCUCAUGUCUCACUCAGCUUAAAACCCACGAGCUCGAGAGCGUUUCAUCACACACCAGCAAAUACCUGAUCGACGCACGAGCUCUGCAAGCAUAAACAGACCUUUUUCAAAUACGGAUUUGUGUUUAUCCAUUUAAGUUUGGUUUCGCUGCAAGAAGAGGAAGAACAGACAACCUCCGUCUCAGUUGCAUACUGGCUUUCGCAACAAAGAGCAGAAUGGAGAAGAUGAAAGACAGUAAGGGGAAGAAGGUGACAUGCUAUCUGCUGCUCUGCGUGUCCACGGCCGUCAUCGGCUCGUUGCAGUUCGGCUUCAACACAGGAGUCAUCAACGCACCCGAUGACAAAGUGAAGAACUUCAUCAGAAACGUGUCUCUGGUGCGCACUGGAGAGCCCAUGGAUGAAUCCACACUCACAACAGUGUGGAGUGUCGCAGUUUCCAUUUUCAAUGCUGGCGGCAUGAUCGGAUCUCUUAGUGUUGGCGCUCUGGUUGACAAGCUGGGGAGACGGAAAUCAAUGCUGCUGUCCAACAUCCUUGCUCUGAUUGGUGGAGGCCUGAUGGGUUUAUCCAGCAUGUUCACCUCCCAUGAGUUGCUGAUAUUGGGCCGUCUGGUGAUUGGUGUGUUCUGUGGUAUGUGUACAGGACUGACACCCAUGUAUGUGGGUGAAAUUUCUCCAACGGCACUGCGAGGGGCUUUUGGCACCCUUCACCAGCUCGGGGUGGUCAUCGGCAUCCUGGUUGCACAGAUUUUAGGUCUGGAGUCAUUGCUAGGGUCUCAGUCUUUGUGGCCGUUGUUGCUGGCUCUGACGACGCUGCCUGCAGUGGUACAGAGUGUUAUGCUGAUCUUCUGCCCAGAGAGCCCUCGAUACCUGCUGAUCAGUCUCAACCAGGAGGAUGAGGCACGCCAAGUGCUGACACUUCUUCGUGGGCAUUCAGAUGUGGAGGAUGACAUUCGUGAGAUGAAGGAAGAGGCCAUGAAGAUGUCUAUGGAGAAGAAGGUUUCUAUUCCAGAGCUGUUCCGUAACUCCGCCUACAGACAGCCCAUUAUUAUCGCCAUAAUCCUGCAGCUGUCCCAGCAACUGUCCGGCAUCAACGCUGUAAUUUAUUACUCAACAGAGAUCUUCAGAAGAGCAGGUAUCACUGGGCCAGUCUUUGCCACCAUUGGAAUGGGUGCAGUCAACACCAUCUUCACUGUCAUCUCUCUCUUCCUGGUGGAAAGGGCAGGGAGAAGAACACUUCAUAUGAUCGGACUGGCUGGAAUGACUGUCUGUGUUCUGCUCAUGACUAUUUCUCUUAAACUUGUGCCUGAAGUUGUUAUACUUGAUCAGAAUGGCACUGCUAUCUUCGAAUCUGCAUCUGAAGGGGGAAUUUCACCAAUCAGCAUUCUGGCCAUUCUGGCAGUUUUCGGAUUUGUGGCCAGUUUUGAGAUGGGACCAGGACCGAUCCCAUGGUUCAUAGUGGCAGAGUUAUUUUCUCAGGGUCCACGUCCGGCAGCCAUUGCUGUGGCGGGAUGCUGCAACUGGACCGCCAGCUUAAUUGUCGGACUGUCUUUCCUACCACUAUUGAAACUGUGCGGCCCGUAUGUGUUUAUCAUAUUCCUCAUCCUCCUCAUCAUCUUCUUCGUGUUUACGUACUUCCGGGUUCCCGAGACCAAAGGCCGGACGUUUGAGGACAUUUCCAGUGGAUUUUCCAAUGCCGCAGGCUCCAAUGCUGCCAGCUACACGUCUCCAGAGGGUGCCAUUUCUCUGCCAGUGUCCCCGUCAUCAGAGAAGUUUCAGAUGACUGAGCUGACUGGACAGGAGAAAAGUGGAACAAACCUAUAGAGAAACCAUGAUCUACACACUAAAUGGACUCCUACAGCGGACAAUAGAGAACAGAUGCAGCUAAAUAAUGGGCAUUAUUACAAAGGAAAUAGCUAGUACGAUGGUGUUGAAAGCCUUUUUAUAAUUGGCAAUUAUAAAGUCAUUAUGAGGAAAUAAGUGUUACAUGUGGUUGCAGCUGCCUUUUGCUACAUUGAAUGUUUAGUCAGAUAUAGAGUUGUUGCAUUUUUAAGAUAACUUAUGUGUGAGCACUAAGCACUUGUCCAUAAUCAUGUGGAAUAUUAAACUUAUUACUAUGACUUAUAUUUAAAUAGUUAUUUAACAAAUUUCUCAUAUUGCCCAAAGACUUAAAUCAGACUGAAUUUACGCACUAAUCAGACUCACUGAUAGCCUUUUAAUACUUGUGCUGUUGUGGCUACUAUUCAGGUCAUGAGCAUCUGGUCUUUUGUGCAAAGUAGUUCACAUGUUCAGUGUCAAAAUUCUGAUUAUUGAUUAGUGACCUAGAGACAGAAUCUAAAAAAGAAUCAUCAGUGUUUAAAUGGUGUUAUUCAUCCCUAAAGUAUUUCUCAUGACG